CGCAAAUUUAACUGCGCAAAGCCAGAAGCUUUUACCGUGGUUCAGAGCUUAGGGAAAAACAGGAAAACUAUCCGAGACGAAGGUAAUAACUUGUCAUCGCCAACGCCGUUGAGACACGCGACUCCGUACUUCCGUCUGCGUCUGCGUCUGCGUCCUGAGUCUACCUAGGUACUUCUAGAUCCAGUCCGUCUACACUACCAGCACAACUCUCUCGAUCAGCUCUCUGGGCUGAUCGCAAUCCAUCCGACAACGUCCGGGAGAAGGUAGAACCAAGACGUCAUCCACACGGAGCUAGUAUUCGCGGACACCUACAAAAAAAAGAAAACGUCAGACCCAUCGCAUUGCAAUCUGGAGCUGAAAAUCACAUUCCAUUCCUAUCAGCUAUCGCAACUACACCAGACAAAUAAACACAGACAGGGGGAAAAAAAAGAUUUUCUAAUCCUCAGCUCUCCAAAAAUGUCCGAACCAGGCCCCGAAUCCAUCCCUACCAGCGCAGAUCCACGAAGCAAACGCGCCACCAAACGCAGAGCAGUCACUCCGCACGCUGAACAAGCAUCCCAGAUCCAAUCCCUAUUCCGCGACCCCUCGAAAGAAGUUAAGCUUCCAGAGCCAUCGAAGAAGCGCUCAAGUGCCUCCCUUCCUCCUCCGCCAGAUAUUGUUGCGAAUGUACAGGGUUCCUCGGCCGGUGCGGGUUCCGGUGAAUUUCACGUCUACAAGGCUAGUCGCAGGCGGGAGUAUGAGCGUUUACGAUUGAUGCAGAGUGAGGUAGAUCGGGAGAAGGCAGAUCAGGAGUGGGAGUCUAAGAGGGAGGAGGCGAAGCGCAAGGACGAGGAGAAGACACAGAAGAAUAGGAAGAGGAGGGAGAAGAGGAAAGCUGCUAAGGAGAAGAAUCAUCGCAAUGGAGUUACGGAUAUGGAGAUGGAUGGAGCGGGUCAGAAGAGGGGGCCGGAUUCAGUUAAUGAGGAUACAGGUCCAGGGAAGGAUCAGGAACAAGGGACCACUGCAGACGGGGAACCUCAUGGAGAGGAAGCUCCUGGUGUAAUCAUUCAUGAGGAUUGAAUAAUCAAUCGAACAUUGCUGUUGGGACUUGGAAGGGUAGAACAGAAGCAUACGAUAAAACGAUACCCA